CCCCGUGACGCAGUCGGUUGCUAGGUGUGAGUGAAGUGAUGCUUCCCCACUAUGAAGCUGCUCCUCAGUUUACUGCUCGAACACAACAAAGCAACAACUCGCCGUUUCCCCGGAUAUUCUCCGAGCUGAGAAACAAAAAAACUACGGCAACAGCGACAGCAAUGGCUUUUUGAAUUCGUGAAGCUUUAGGACCCGAGAAUAAACCGUGCUUUGCUUCAGCAACGCACCCCCAAGAGCUCUCCACGUUUCCCCGCAAGAAUGGAGUUUCAUUAUGCUCACCCAGCCCUGCUCUCUGUGGCCCAUCUGUCAGACCCCGCUUGCUCUCAGCACAUGCUCGGACUUGGACUUGGCCUGAAUCGCGGCACCAGCAGACAGAAUGAUGGCAACAUCAGCUCCUGUUUGGAAGGCUCUUCGUGUCUGCCCGGCAGACCCCCUCGCUCUCUCUCACCCACAGGCUAACCACAGCCAAUCACAGGGGUGCAGGGGGGAGGUGUCAGAGGAGAGUCAGCACUUAAUUGGUGAUGGUCUCACUGACUGGAUGACGGAAGAAGUGGAUUUCUCCUCAUACCUCCCAAACCCCCCUUCCCCUCCCUCCUCCACCAAUGCCUCCCUUCCCCCCUCACCCCUUCAGAAUGAUAUCCAGGUGCCCUCUGACUUGGAGGUCAUGACCUCCCUGCUGCAGGAGGAACUCGCCCAGCUAGAGGACUACUUCCUGUCCGAGCCAGUGCCCGAAAAGGGGCCGAGGCUAGGGAAAUGCGACAGGGUUCCUCUGCCGGCGGGUCCUCAGCCGUACAGUCAGCUGCCAUACGCAUCAUACUCGGCAUCCAACCAAUCGGACACCAGCCCACUUCUUGUCACCCUGGCAACGGGAGAACUGGACCUUCUGAGUAUCUGUGGCGGGCCCAUUGGGCGAUCCAAAAUUCCAAGACACGCCCCGUACAGCUGCAGUCGCCCCAGUGGGUGUAGUAGGAAAAGAGUCCCUGAUGGUGUGAGGUUCGGUGAAGGUUAUGAUAACAGUUUGUUGAGUUCCAAAGGAAGCAACUCAGGUAACUCAGCGGUGAACCUGUCAGGUAAUUAUUGCUGUGGAGAAGACGAGCAGCUAUUAGGAAAGAACUAUUGCCUGGGUAGUGCAGUUGAAGUCAGACGAUGUGCUGCUCUAGCCAAAGAGGACAAAAACUGCUGUUUCAGUCAAGAUGUUAUCGGUGGUGGGAAAGUUGUUGGUGGAGGUUUUGGCUUCGGUGGAUCCCUUGAUGUCCCACACAAGAAAGAGGAUUUGUUGAUGUAUAGCAUGAGGGAGGUCAGUGGAGUGUCUGGUAGCCACGACGUGCUGAACAGUAUCAAGAGCAGCGUAGAGGUGACAAAAGCUACUGGCUGUUGGAAAACUGAGAGCAACGAAGGCUGUUAUCUUCCACCACCGCAGCCCGAGGCCUAUCCUAGCUUCUUAGGCAGUGUCAACGAACAGCUCAAAUCAGAGAGUCUGCAGUUAAGGCAACAUGAUCUACACUGUAAUUUCCUUGAGGAUCAGGCCCCAGAGUGUCUUUUAAUGGCCAGGGAGAGUCUGGACUUGGAGUCGUCAGGGCACAGACAAGCAUGUAGGCUAAAGGAAGACCACUGUGAAGAAGAAUUCGACGAGGACCUCACCCCGGGUGAAGGCGGGGAACGCAAACAGAAGAAGAGAGAUCAGAACAAAACUGCCGCUCACAGGUAUCGCCAGCGAAAGAGGGCGGAGCUCGAUAUUUUGGAGGAACAGCUGCACGGCCUCGAAGGGAGGAACCGGGAGCUCCGGGACAAGGCAGAGUCCGUAGAACGUGAAAUCCAGUACGUUAAAGAUCUGCUGAUCGAAGUUUACAAAGCCCGUAGCCAAAGGCUGAAGCAGGACACGACAGCGUAACACCGAGCUCGAGCAAGUCCGUUUAAAGAGGGAGUAACAGGGAAAAUGUGGAGCUUUUUUGAAUGUUUCUAAUGUUGUUUUUCCACGGUGAGAGGGGUAACUGCAUGCUUCGCUAAUGUGAUCUUUAUUUUUACAUUUUAAAUUAACACUGUCCAAUGCUUCCACUGCUUUCGCACUCCAAUCACUCAAGCCUGCACUGUGGCAUUGCAAUGCUUAAAAACGACAAUCAUUUUGAAUAGGUCUCGCACUGAAUGAAUCUACAAAUUAUUUCUGAAUAAUUACUGUAAUUUAUUAUGCAGGUUUAAUAUUUUUGAUAGCCUUAAAUUGGAAUUGAUGUCAGCGAUAGAGCUUAAUUUGUAUUUUUUUUCCUACUUUAAACUUUGAAUUGCAGUUACUGUGUCGCCCUUUUCAGUAGCAGAAGUAGUCGAAUAUGUUGCGUCAACUGCAUCGUUUUAUUUUGAAGACAUCUUUCAGACAGAAUAUUUUUCUAGAAUAAUUUCAAAUCCACCUUUGAACAGCGGACGACAUUUCAAAUGUGAUCAUUUAGAAAUUAUAAAUGUAUUGACUGAAGGAUCCAGUGACAUACUGAUGAGGAAAAUAACCUAUUGUCAAAAAUGUAUUUUAUUAUUGUUACUUUUUUGUGCACAAUUUUAUUUACUUUAGAUCCAAUGCAGCCCUAAAUAUUAUUUCCUUGAUGGGAUUUGUAUGUUUUGAGCUUGUCAUUCUUUAUCGUUUUGUGGUAAUUUGUGAUAUUUUUUCUCUGGCACAUUGCAAAUUGUACAAUCUGUCUUGCAGCUCAGGAUAUGCAGCCUGUUAUCCUACAUCCUUAGAAAUAGCAGUAGACAUUUGGAGAUUACAGACUUGUAAAAUAGCUCCUCUGUUCUUCAUUUUACAUGGGAAAGAUUUGACAGGUUUACAGGUUUUCCCAGUGGAAAGAAAGGGUUUUCCAUAUGUACAAAUAUUGUAAGUAGUGGUAGUAACUAACAAUCUCAUUCUGCAUGUUUUUCGCUCUGGAAUAGAAAAUGUAGGGUUUCAGAAAUGAGUUUCUCUAAACUGCUUGUUAAGGCAAUAAGUUUUCUAGGCCUCUGGCUGAUAUGCACUAAUUUGUAAUGACUUUUGUAUAAUCAGGGAGUGUUUCAGCCUUUUCUUUGUAGAAACCGAAAGAAAAUUAGACUGUUUGUCAAAGCUUUUGCAGUGUUGGCUUUGGUGUGAAAGGAUUCUGUCUAAAUUAUUUUCCAGCUCUUUUCUCGCUUUAUUCUAAAAAAAAAAAAAAUCAUUUUUAUUUUUAUUUAUAUUGUUUGUUUAGUUUUUGACAAAAACUGGUGUCACACUGUUGUUCCUCCUCCCCGCCCUGCGGUGUACUAUCAACUGUGAAUGUGAAAACCAAAUACACGUGUAGCCUGAUGACAGCAAAUCUAAAAGCACAUUAUAGGGGUUUGUAAUCUUAUUUAAUUUAAUUAUUUAUCCAUAUUUACUUUGUGUGUCAUCAACUUUUCUCCAUUUCAAAAUAAAAUGUCAAACUCA